AUGUCACCAGACGAGCCUCUGCCCGGUGUUGCGCCAAAGGAGGUGGUGAACCGUCCGAGAAAGAAUACAGCAUUCGAGCAAUUAGAUCGCCCCGGCUCAGUUCGUGUGGGUGGAGUUCUGAUCCGGGACUGCUCCACUGCUCACUGCUAAUGGGGGAGUGUAGAUUAAUGUUGAAGGAGCUUUUAUAGUGGACGAUGAUUCAUCCACUCCCCCACGAAGCGGCUCUCCCCCACGCUAUACUGGGCCCGGCGAAACCAAAGACAUUCGCCUGCCACAUCACAAGACCGGGGUAUCGCACAUUGCCGUUGAUGUGAGGCCUAUCGCUCCCGUCCGGUCCCUAUUGGUCGCUGACAUCGGUUCUCCCUAGAUUGGUGGUUCAUUGGCAAAAUGCGUCUACUUCACUCAAGAUCCAAAUGGUGAGGGCGGAAAGCUGAGCUUCAAGAAUUUCGAGACAGAGCAUAUCGACGACCUGAUCGGCUUCAUGGAUAGUCUGGUCAAUGGAAAGCGCUCGGGACAGGAUGACUGUCCGGUGAGUAAGAAGGAUCGUUUGCACAUCAUGGCUACCGGGGGAGGUGCAUACAAAUACUACGACAAGAUCAAGGAGGCGCUGGGUGUUGAGAUCUAUAGAGAGGACGAGAUGGAAUGUUUGAUAGUUGGUGAGAGCGCGCGCGACAGCCUUCACCCGGUUUCAGCGUUGAGUCUAACUCGUUUCGCAGGACUUGAUUUCUUCAUCACCGAGAUUCCCGAGGAGGUUUUCACAUACAGCGAAGAAGAGCCCACCCAAUUUGCUGAACGGCGAGUGGACAUCUAUCCGUACUUGGUUUGUAUUUUCAGCGCUUCUCGUGCAAUCUUAUGGGUUGGCUGCUAACGCUCCGCCCUGUAGCUGGUGAACAUUGGCUCCGGCGUUAGCAUGAUCAAAGUUUCGGGCCCUCAGCAGUUUCAGAGGAUCGGCGGAUCAUCAGUACGUAUUUCCGUCCUUGUAGCUUGCGAGCAUCGCUACCUUUGAGUCGCGCAACGGCUCACUCUUGCCAGCUCGGUGGAGGAACCCUGUGGGGCCUUCUGUCGCUUUUGACGUCGGCAAGAUCGUUUGAUGGUAUCGCCCACCCAGUUUUGAGCCCGCCGGCACUAUAUGAGCUAACCUAUGGUCGCGCAGAAAUGUUGGGGAUGGCUGAAAAGGGCGACAAUGCCAAGGUUGACAUGCUUGUAGGUGACAUAUAUGGCGGCGGGUACGGCCGAAUAGGCCUGAAAUCUUCCACCAUUGCCAGUAGUUUUGGUAAGGUUUUCAAGAAGCAGGUGGAAUCGGGUUCGGAUUAUUGUCCGGAGUCUUCCACCGCCAACGGGGAGAGUAGAGGCUUCGAGCCCGAAGACAUCAGUCGGAGUUUGCUGUACGCGGUCAGGUGGGUUACAGGAUGACAACCGUCCGGCACGAGACAUAGUUGACAAUGCCCAGCAACAAUAUUGGACAAAUUGCAUACCUCCAGGCCCAGAACCAUGGUCUUGAACACAUCUACUUUGGCGGUUCCUUUAUUCGGGGUACGCCUCCCGGCAGCUACGGUAUAUGGAUUUUCCACUAACGCUCUCCAGGCCACAAACAAACCAUGAACACCCUCUCCUACGCCAUAAGAUUCUGGUCCAAGGGCGAAAAGAAGGCCUACUUCCUCAGGCAUGAAGGGUACCUGGGUUCCGUCGGCGCCUUUAUUCGUCGACAGCCCAGGAACUGGGGCCGUCGGUAUAGCGCCGGUGAUGAACACCCGUACCUGAGCAUCCGCUCCAACAACAGAGAAGUUUGAGCACGGGCACCGGUACAACUUCCUUUCUUGAGAAACAAAUAUAUUAUUUAGUUAGAGUUUUUUUCUUUUCUUUUCUUUUCUUUAUCGGAAUAAUCCGUCGUUUGAAUGGCGUUGGCAUGCUUACUUAAUCCUCUACUCGUACAAUUUCUUUUUAUUUCCUUCCUUCUUUCCUUUUUCUAAAAUUCUCACUGAGUGCCCGAGUAGCGAGGUGAAAUUACUCGUACAAGGACAUGCAUGAUGGGCUACUCGAGCAGUGAAUUGCCUACUACCUACCUGCCCACCAUACUAUCCUGAUUCAACAUAUUGACUGCGCGUGUGCAUGUACACGAUUACUCGUAUGCAGAAGGUUCGGGCUUGACCAUAAUAUUAUAUCUACUCGUAUGUCAUGUUAAGAUCGUGCGCACUCGCUGGGAUGGCUACAAUUCUUGAUAACACAAUAUCGGCACAGCACGGUAACAUACUUGGGAUAUAGGUACUGCAGGUGUGAAUGGAUGCGGAAAGGAACGAAUAAAUAAAUAAAUAACCAGUUCACCCCCCCAUACUCCCCGGAAAGUAUGGCUGAGUGGCCAACUUGGGACCUGAGCGAUGGAUGGAUAAAGAACAGAUAGGUACUUGUACCGGUACUGUACUCGAGUACGGGUUGUCGGGAAGGUCCCGGCGACAGCGAACAGGGUCAGCGUAUGAUAGCGGUAGCGACAGGAGCAAGGCUGUGACCCCUCUUUCCCACCUCUCCACAACAUGCUCACCGAGAGGGGCGUUUUGGUGAGGGGUUCGCUUGAGGGGUUUGAUGAUU